UGUUUUUUUUUUAUAUUUAUAUUUUAUGGGUUAUUAGCCAUUUUAUAAAGUUAACGAGUGAAGAAAAAGAUCCCAUACACUAUGUCUGGUGAAGUUUUUAGCACAACUUUGGCAUAUACAAAGAGUCCAAAAGUCACCAAAAGAACUACUUUCCAGGAUGAGCUAAUAAAAGCAAUUACAGCUCGCUCAGCCAGACAGAGGAGUUCUGAAUACUCGGAUGACUUUGACAGUGAUGAGAUUGGUGAUAUUUCUGACACCUCCAUAGAUGAAAACUCACUCAAGAAAACAGUAAAUGAUUUCCAUAUAUCAGAUGAUGAAGAAAAUAAUUCUCCAAAACUGUCUUUUUUGAAAACCAAUAAACCAAAUAGUGACACGAUGAAAGAGGAGCCAGCAUUCCCCAUCAAAAACAAUGCGCAAAUCUCACCUGAUGGAGGUGAAGACAGGGUUGGAAAUCCUUCAGCUGAAUCUCAAAAUGAAGACCAAGACACUGAAAAAGAGAAACUUAAGAUGAAACCCAAACCCAGAAUUCUUUCAAUCAAAAGCACACUUUCAGCAGAAAACAGCAGCAGCCUUGAAGCAGAAAACCACUUCACACCCUCACCUCGGCCAAGGAGCUUGUUGAGAAAGCACACGCUCAGGCAGGAAAAAGAUGGGCUAGGAGAAGAGAAAGAAACUGCCCUCCAGAAAGAAUUAGAGGCACAUCCUGCACCUUCAUCCCUCCUGGGACCAAAUGACAGACAACGAGAAGCUGAGGAGAAAGCCUCUCCUGAAAGCCUUGAUCCUGAGGAUCCAUGGUUAACAAGUUUAUCAACAUCAUCCCUUAAAGAAAGUCUUGGAGAUUCCUUUUUACCAGGAUCUGGGGAUAAAACAUCUAUAAAAGAUCAGAAUGAAGAAUUCAGUGAAAACCAUCAUUCCUUGAAAUCAACCAAAAAUGAAGAGAAUUCACUUUUGGUAGACUUUGUUACUACUGCACUUGAGAAAUCCAAGGAAAGGCAAGUGACUUCUGAUGACCUUGAAGAAAAAAAGGAGAAAGUUGAACUGAUAAUGACUGAUCACUUAACAGUUGGUCCACCACUAUCUCAGCAUAACUUAAAAUCUACCAAUGCAACUGAGCCUGCAAAGAAUACAAUUGAAGAUAGAAAUAUGAAGAAUAAAAAGUCAACAAAUAAUAGAGCAUCCAGUGCCUCAGGCAGAUUAAUGACCUCUGAAUUUUUAAAGAACUCUGGUUCUAUAAGGAGAACUCCACCGAAAACUACCUCUUCUCACUAUUUAGGGACUUUGAAAGUCUUGGACCAAAAGCCCUCACACAAACAAAACAAAGAACUUGAUGGAGCAGAUAACAUAAGGGCAGCCGUUUAUCAGGAGUGGUUAGAAAAGAAAAAUGUAUAUAUACAUGAAAAGCACAGAAUUAAAAGGAUCGAAAGCGAAAGCUUAAGGAUCCAAAAUGAACAGAAAAGAGCGGCUAAAAGAGAAGAAGCCUUAGCGUCGUUUGAGGCCUGGAAGGCGAUGAAGGAAAAAGAGGCUAAGAGAGUAGCUGCCAGAAGGAGGCUGGAGGAGCAGCACAGGAAGAAAGCGGCAGCGGGCGACGCGGCCAGGAGGGAGGCGGCGGUCCAGGCUUUUGAAAGAUGGAAGGAAAAAAAGAUGGAAUAUCUUAAGGAGAAAAAUAAAAAGGAGAAAGAGCAUGAAAGAGCCAGGAAGAAGGAGGAAGAGGAGGCUGCUGCGGAGAAGAGGAGGGACAGCCAGGCGGCCGUGGGAAAAUGGAAUGAAAAAAAGGAAGCUUUUUUCAAAGAAAAGGAAAAAGAGAAAAUCAGUGAGAAAAGAAAAGAAGAACUGAAAAGAGCUGAGAAAAAAGAUAAAGAUAAACAAGCUAUCGAUGAAUAUGAAAAAUGGCUGGAAAAGAAAGAAAGGCAGGAAAGAAUUGAACGAAAAGGAAAGAAACGUCAUUCCUUUCUUGAAAAUGAGGCACUUCCUCCAUGGAGUCCUCCAAGCAGAACUGUGCCCUCAAAAGUGAUUCGAUAAUUCCACUUCUUACAUUAUUUAGUUAUUUAUUCAACAACGUCAGUCAUAGGUUUAAAACUAUUUAUCCAGUUAUUAAUAGUUAAAGAGUCUAUUUUAAUUAAAUGCCAGCCACUUCUGCUGAUCAUGAAAAAGAUGCUUUGGAGCUUAACCAGUGAAAGCAUUGAAAGCAGUUUUUGAGCUAUAGAUAAACUUCCUCAAAUGAAAAGCUAAUCGUCAGAUUGCUCUUCCCUUUAAAAUACAUAACCUUUAUCAUGUCCUAAGGAUUCUUACAGUCAGAUGAUCAGUGAUCACUUUCACUAUACUGUGUAUGUUAUUUAAGUAUGUUUAUUUUCAGUAAUAAAAAGGAAACCAUCCAGGUACAAUAAUUAUAUAAAUAAUUGAAUUUAUGUAAGAUUGUGCAUCUAGAUUCAGGUUUUUAAAUGAAUGGUCACUAGGGAGUAUGAAUAUAUUAUUUCUCCUAAAACUGAUCUUUAGCUCAAAGCAGUUGCAUUUGCACUUUGCAAGCUAGAAUUUUGGUCAGUUGAGGGAGUAAUUCAGUAGAAUGCUAGUCAUUGAGGCAUUUUAUUUAAAAAUUCUGUGUUGUAUUUUAAUAUGAAUAAACUUUAUCUGUUCUAGGUUUAUGUGACAAUCAUACGCACUUUAUAAUGAGCAGACCUCUGAAAUUUGUCUUUUUAAAUUCUGUCUUUAUU